AUGCCCGCCGCUGUCUUCGCCUCUUCCGUUCAGCGAUCUCUUCUCUCGUCUUCGCUGCGCCGUGUCGCUAUUACUUCAUCCGCCGUCCGCCCUGUCCGAGCUUCCUUCGGUGCUAUCCAAACCAUCUCUCCCUUCGCCGUCCGCACAAUGGCUUCCCACCAGAAGAUCAAGGUCAAGAACCCCGUCGUCGAGCUUGACGGUGAUGAGAUGACCCGCAUCAUCUGGCAGGUCAUCAAGGAUAAGCUCAUCCUUCCUUACCUCGACAUCGACCUCAAGUACUAUGAUCUUGGUCUUGAGUACCGUGAUGAGACCAACGAUCAGGUCACCAUCGAUGCCGCCGAGGCUAUCAAGAAGUACUCCGUCGGUGUCAAGUGUGCUACCAUCACCCCCGAUGAGGCUCGUGUCGAAGAGUUCAAGCUGAAGCAGAUGUGGCUUUCCCCCAACGGAACCAUCCGAAAUGCCCUUGGUGGUACAGUCUUCCGUGAGCCCAUUGUCAUCCCCCGCAUUCCCCGUCUUGUUCCUGGCUGGAAGAAGCCCAUCAUCAUUGGCCGUCACGCCUUUGGUGACCAGUACCGCGCCAAGGACGCUGUCCUUCCCGGCCCUGGUAAGCUUUCCAUGGUCUACACCCCUGAGGGUGGCCAGCCUCAAGAGAUUGAGGUCUUCCAGUUUAAGAACGGCGGUGGUGUCGCUCAGACCCAGUACAACACCGACGAGUCCAUCACUGGUUUCGCCCACGCUUCCUUCAAGCUUGCUCUUGACAAGGAGCUCCCUCUCUACAUGAGCACCAAGAACACUAUCCUCAAGAAGUACGAUGGUCGAUUCAAGGAUAUCUUCCAGGAGAUCUACGAGUCCACCUACAAGAAGGACUUCGAGGCCAAGAAGAUCUGGUACGAGCACCGUCUCAUUGACGACAUGGUCGCCCAGAUGAUCAAGAGCUCUGGUGGUUACAUCAUGGCCCUCAAGAACUACGACGGUGAUGUCCAGUCCGACAUUGUCGCCCAGGGCUUCGGCUCUCUCGGUCUCAUGACCUCCGUUCUCAUCACUCCUGAUGGCAAGACCUUCGAGUCUGAGGCUGCCCACGGUACUGUCACUCGCCACUACCGUGAGCACCAGAAGGGUAACGAGACCUCCACUAACCCCAUUGCCUCAAUCUUCGCCUGGACCCGUGGUCUCGUCCAGCGUGGCAAGCUCGACGACACCCCCGAGGUUGUCGCCUUUGCUGAGAGCCUUGAGAAGGCUUGCAUUGACACUGUCGAUAUUGACGGUAUCAUGACCAAGGAUCUUGCCCUUGCCACUGGCAAGUCUGAGCGCAAGGACUAUGUCACCACCAACGAGUACAUGGAUGCCGUUGAGCGCCGCCUCAAGCGAACCCUCAAGGAGAAGCUGUAA